UCAUCGGUCUCUGAAUCGGGAGCGGAUGAACAGAAAAGGAGAGAAGGUGGGCAAAAAAUAAUGGAGGAAACUUAAAUGUGAGGACUUUUAUUUUUUUGAUAUAUUGCGCAUUCUUUGUACCUCCCCACGCGCGCAGGAAUCCUCCCUUUCUUCCCUCGCUGUAGCUGGAUUUGGGAUGUGACAGCGCAGAGUGAAAGACGGAGGAUCAACGGGGGAGGAGACGUGUCUGUGCGCGGAGAACAGAGCGGGUAUACCCGGCUGCGCGUCUGCGCUGCGCCGCUCCACGCUGUUGGGGAGGGAGAGUCUGCAUGGGGAGGCUAGGAACAAGUUAAAUUGUUGUUGAAAACCUCUGGAUUGGACGUGUUGCCAUUCUAAAAGAACCGUGGGAUCGUGGAGACACGCAUGUGGGGAGUGGAGAGAGGAGGGCCGGAUGCCUACGGGUCUGGGAGUCCUCGAGACGCAGCCAAGGACUGCAGCCCGCCUGGGCAUCAACUGAAGAAGGAGUAAGAAAGCAAGGUGGAGACCCUUAUUUCUUUUUUUCCCUUUUCUUUUCUUUCUUUGGCGCAUCUUUGGAGAGGAUAUGGCACACCGCGCGCAAACGAUAGGAGACAGGAGCUGAAAGACAGGAUGCCAGCCACCUGAGCUCGGGCUCACAUCAGCUCCAACUUUUCUCAAAAAGAGGCACUUUAUGUUGACAAAUUAAACUUUAAAAAAAACUUUUGGAGGAUUUUGGAUGCUUUUUUCGUUCCUUUGUCUUUUUCUUUGGAUGUUUGAUUUUAUUCUUUUGGGCGACAAAACAAGGAUGCAUUGUGGAUUAGUUUUUAUCCUGUUAAUGGGAAUCCUCCUGGUGGUCAAGGCUUUGGAAAAAGAUAAAUGUGGGGGCAACAUCAGAAUCUCCAGCGCCAGCUACCUCACCUCGCCCGGAUACCCCAGUAGUUACCCCGCCUCCCAGAGGUGCACCUGGGUGAUCACGGCGCCUGGUCCUCACCUGCGGAUCUUCAUCAAUUUCAACCCGCAUUUUGAUCUGGAGGACCGGGAGUGCAAGUAUGACUACGUCGAGGUGCGAGAUGGCGUGGACGAGAGUGGGCAGUUGGUGGGGAAGUACUGCGGGAAGAUCGCCCCGUCCCCAGUCGUCUCCUCAGGGAACCAGCUCUUCAUCAAGUUUGUGUCCGACUACGAGACCCAUGGAGCUGGUUUCUCCAUCCGAUACGAGAUCUUUAAGACUGGUCCCGAGUGCUCCAGGAACUUCACCUCCAGCAGCGGCGUCAUAAAGUCGCCCGGGUUUCCAGAGAAGUACCCCAACAACCUGGACUGCACUUUCAUGAUCUUUGCCCCAAAGAUGUCUGAAAUCAUUUUGGAGUUUGAGAAUUUUGAGCUGGAGCCCGACGCGACGCCCCCUGUUGGUGUGUUCUGCCGCUACGAUCGGUUGGAGAUCUGGGAUGGCUUCCCUGGAGUGGGGCCUUACAUCGGCAGGUACUGCGGGCAGAACACCCCGGGCCGGAUCAUCUCCUACACGGGCAUCUUGGCCCUGACAAUCAACACCGACAGCGCCAUCGCCAAGGAAGGCUUCUCCGCCAACUUCACCGUCAUCGAGAGGACUGUUCCGGAGGACUUCGACUGCAGCGAUCCUCUGGGAAUGGAAUCGGGUGAGAUCACGUCAGACCAAAUCAUGGCCUCUUCCCAGUACAACCCCAGCUGGUCCCCGGAGCGCUCCAGGCUCAACUACUAUGAAAAUGCGUGGACGCCGGCAGACGACACAAAUAAAGAGUGGAUUCAGGUGGACCUUGGGUUUUUGCGGUUUGUCUCAGCCAUCGGUACCCAAGGCGCUAUUUCCCAGGAAACCCAGAGGAUUUACUACGUCAAGGCCUACAAAGUAGACGUCAGCUCCAACGGAGAAGAUUGGAUCACACUAAAAGAAGGCUCCAAGCAGAAGAUUUUCCAAGGCAACACCAACCCAACAGACGUUGCCAAGACAAAGCUGCCCAAACCCACGCUGACGCGCUUCGUACGGAUCCGUCCUGUUACCUGGGAGACGGGCAUCGCGCUGCGCUUCGAAGUGUACGGCUGUAAGAUAUCAGAGUAUCCGUGUUCUGGCAUGCUGGGAAUGGUAUCAGGCUUGAUCGCCGACAGCCAGAUCACUGCAUCGUCCCACACCGACAGGAACUGGGUACCUGAGAACGCCCGGCUCCUCACCAGCAGGACGGGGUGGACCCUGCUGCCCCAGCCGCAGCCCUUCAGCAAAGAGUGGCUGCAGGUGGAUCUGGGGGAGGAGAAGCGAGUGAAAGGGUUGAUCAUCCAGGGAGGAAUGCACCGUGACAACAAGGUGUUCAUGAAGAAGUUCCGCCUGGGCUACAGCAGCAACGGCUCUGACUGGAGGAUGGUGUUGGACCCCACUGGGAACAAGCCAAAGAUAUUUGAAGGUAACAGCAAUUAUGACACUCCUGAGCUGAGGACAGUGGAGCCCCUGCUGACCCGUUUCAUCAGGAUUUAUCCGGAUAGGUCACCUCCUGCCGGAAUGGGCCUACGACUCGAGCUGCUGGGCUGUGAAGUCGAAGCUCCUACACUCCCUCCUACCAUGCCGAGCACAACCCCAUCUGACGAGUGUGACGACGACCAGGCGAACUGCCACAGCGGCACAGGCGGGACUAUAACACCAGACACCACUACUGCCGAAGUGGUUACCACGCCAGCUUUCCAGUGGUUUGCCUGCGACUUUGGCUGGGCCAAUAAUCCAUCCUUCUGCAGCUGGACAUCUGAGGACACUGGCUCUCGGUGGCAGAUCCAGUCCAGUGGCACCCCAACAUUGAAUACCGGACCCAACAUGGACCACACUGGUGGAUCAGGGAAUUUCAUCUACACCCUAGCAACUGGUCUUCAGGAAACAGAGGUGGCUCGACUGGUGAGUCCUACGGUCACCUCCCCAGACGCAGACCUGUGCAUGUCCUUUUGGUACCACAUGUUUGGGUCGCACAUCGGAAAGCUGCACAUUAAACAACGCAAGCAAACAGAGGAUGGGCCAGCAGACAUACUGCUCUGGGCUGUCAGCGGUCACCAAGGCAACCGUUGGCGGGAGGGUCGUGUCUUUGUGCCUCGUAACAAUAAUCCCUAUCAGGUGGUGAUUGAAGGCAUUGUGGAGGAAAAGAGAUGGGGAGACAUUGCUGUAGAUGACAUCAAGGUUCUCGAUGGCCUCAGCAUGCAAGACUGUAAAGAUCCAGAUGUGCCCACAGAGCCGAUGCUACCUGAGGAUAGAUUCAACGAAAUAAUUGAGACAGCCACAGACUAUCCCGACUCUGUACAGACCAACCAGAUCAGUGAGGCAGGCAACAUGCUGAAGCAGCUAGACCCCAUCCUUAUAACCAUCAUUGCCAUGUCUGCCCUGGGGGUCUUCCUCGGGGCCAUCUGCGGAGUGGUUUUAUACUGCGCUUGCUCACACGGCGCCAUGUCAGAGAGGAACUUAUCAGCCCUGGAGAACUAUAACUUUGAAUUGGUAGAUGGUGUAAAGCUAAAGAAAGACAAACUCAAUGUGCAAAACUCAUACUCAGAGGCAUGAGUGUAUGAUGGGCAAAGCUCGCACAAGACUGAAUGAGCAUAUCCUCUUGUAUCUCUGCGGGACGCCAGGCUCAAUGGAACUGCCAACGCCCUCAACUGACAGGAUGAGGGCCCGGUUCAGGUAUCAGUGGGAGGUUUGGACUGAUCCACGCUUUUCUCAGGAGCUGCAGUAAAACAACCUACCAAUAGGGGACACUGUGUACAAAAGACGUACAGGAAAAAAAAAUAUGUAAAGAUGAUAUUUUAAUUUUGUAUUAUUAAUUUUCAUUCAUUUUUACAAUCGAAUGCUGGUGUUGAGACCAAUUUAUUAAUAAUGUCAAAAGUAUUUAUCAUUUUCUGGGAGAGUGAGGAGUUUUUUUUAGCAUCAGUUCAUGAAAGCUGUUGUUUCUUUUGAAGUUUUCAAAGAGACGUAUCGAAAUCUUUAAUGAACCAUAUUCGGCAAAACUGUAGAUUUGCCCCAUGGUGUGGCAUAAAGAGUGUGCCCUUAACCUUAUUCCCUAAACAUGUACCCUUCCCCCUUUGACCCCUUUCACUCUAAAGUGAGGGUCCCAGUCAUGGCAACAUAUGGUUCUGACAGUGCCUUUAAUAGCUUUUCGUUGGCCGCCGCUGUUGAAAAUUGUGUUUUUUUUACUGUACUUGAUUAAGUUAUGAUGGCAGGAAACAGGGGCACAUUAACUUUUAAACUCCUGGAGAACAGGAUUAUGGUUUAUCAUAGUGCUUUUUUUCUGCUUUGUGUUCUGUCCCAAAAAAAACCCACACUGUAAAUAAGUUUUAAUAUAUUUUAUUGCCCUUCUUAAAGAAAGUAAAAAAACAGAAACAUAAAAAAAAAAGCUGCAGUAUCCCUUUUUUCAUGGGUGUGUGCGUGAGUGUGUGUAAAUACAGUCCGUUUUGUGCAAAGUGCGGUGUUGAUUUUUAGAGUUUGUAGCUCAGGCAAGCAAGAUUUUUGUGUGUUGAUGUUGCAGCGAUCUCAACGUGCAUUCAAGCCAUCUGUCAUCCAUACUCCCACCUUGCAAAAUAAAUGAAUAACAACGGGACAGCUGCAACCAAAAUACGCCUAACUAUACUCCUAACUAAUACUCCUUCCUGUUGAUCGUCACACGUCCUGCCUCUUCUCAGUUUGAGGGGAGAGUCGUACAAGUAAAGGAGGUUGACAACAUUGCAAAAACAGGCUAGUUAGUGAAUGCUUUCAGUUCAAAUGCAAAUGAGCUCAUUCCCCCUCAAAAUCACUGUGGACUGUCCCCUGCAGGACAAUGCAGCUUGAAUGCACUUUGUUUUCUGCGCCUCUUACAAGAGAAGUCCGUUCCAGGCAAGUUUAAACUGAAGAAUGGUGCUAUCAGUCAUUUUUGCCAAUUCCACGGUGAACCCCUAGUUUGUAUUGUACACAUGCGAUUGUGUAGCCAAAGGCCUUCUUUUUUUUGGGCCACAAAGAGUUUCAUGUGUUCCUCAUGUAGCAGCCAUAUUGUUGUGAUGUCAGACUUGAUGUCAUAAGGAUGGGACAUUAGUACAGAGGGGGAACGAGCGGCAUUACCUGCAUCAGGUCAUCUGGCCUUCCUCUGUGGCUCCACCAAAGGAUUGUUGCCCCCUCCCCUGUUUUGUCUAUGUGGGGGGUGGGGGUGGGGGGGGGCUGUCACCAACACACAAAUUGCAUCAUCGAUGGAUUGUGUUUCUUUAUUGGUCCUUCAAAAACCGACACUGGGAAGGAAGCAUCAUAAAUCACCACCAUGAUUGUCGAGCUUCUGUUGAGACUCUGGUUUACAGAUGAACAGAUGAGACAAUCCCACCGGUUCACGCUCAAAGAGGAGGUGAUAUUGAGGGUGAGACUGACUGAACACAGACACAAAAGGGGCCAGCGGGUCCUGGAACUCAAUCAUACAAUCAAAAAAAAAAAAAUCCCAUCUGGAAAAAGGGGAACGUCUUUUUUUUUUUUUUUAGAAUGUACUUUAUAUGUUGUGACGUGGUGAAAUCAUUUUCAGCUCGUACGUUUUGGAACAGACGAUCUGCAGCCGGCGCUGUUAGCUGCUGAGGACUGCAGCAGUAGAGAAAAAAGGAUACUGUAGCGUGAACUCCAAACCAACAAUGUUGCACUGACAAAUAUAUUGAAGAGGUCUAUGUGUUUAUAGUGAUCAUUUGCAAAGAAAAAGCUUUAAAAAAAGAAAAAAAAAACCUAGUUCCAUCUUUUUUAUACCUGAUUUCAGAUGAUCUAACAUGAAUCUGAGAUGUAAAAAAAAAAACCACAACUAUUGAAAUGUUUUCAUUUUCAGAAUGAUGGGACAUUUUGUUCAACAGUAAUGUUCCUUUCCAAACAUGUACCAUACUGACGCAUCAUUUUAUACUGUAAUAUGAAUUUUGUGCCGAUUCCUUUUUGCUUUUUGUUACACAAACGAGAAAAUAAGACUUAUUUUCAAUACUGCUUCUGUUUUUUGCUGUUGUAGAGGGGAAAAAAUAAACAGCAAAGGCCUUAAAUCCAACUGGGUACAUCUGUGUUGUAUUAGACUUUAACUUUGUUUUUUUCUUCACUCCUUUAUUACUUUCAUGGUAGCAGGCGGUCUGGUUAAGAGCUGGUUUUUCUAUCCGACCAUUGCACCGAGGAUGCAGUGUAACAAAAAUCAUCAAAACUUUCUUUCUCUCCAAAGAUACAAUAAAACAGCUUCAUCUGAAA